CCAUUUUCACUGGUUCGAACGGCACCAACUCCUUCCAUCAAAAAGUCAGCUUGUGGAGGAGAGAGACUCACCGUCUUUACAACAAAUUAUGUGGACAAACUCGAUCAAGCGCUUAUUCGGAGGGGAAGAAUGGACAAGCACAUUGAAUUAUCGUACUUUAGCUUUGAAGCAUUCAAGGUUCUAGCAAAGAAUUACCUUAAUCUUGAGACCGACCAUCUUUUUGUGAAAAUUUUAGAGGAAAUUAAUGUGUCCCCUGCAGAUGUUGCGAAAAUUUUGAUGCCAAAGCUUGUUCCUGGGGAGGCAGAGACUUGCAUGGAGAGUCUGAUCGGAGCUCUUGAGAAGCCAAAGAGGAAGCAAGGCUGA